AUGGACAAAAAGAGGAAGAGGCACCAGAAAUCCCGUGUUGUAACAACCCCGGUUCCUUCGCAGAUAGUAACGUCUAAGAAUCACCAGAAGGACAAGAAGCUGGAGAAGCAGAAGAAUAUAAUUGAUGAAUUAAGUGAUCGUCUCAGCGAGAUGACUGAAAUUGUCAAAAAACUAAAGAAGUAUACAGAUCUACCGGAGGAGGAGAAUAAUAAAACUCCAAAGGAAAAGGUGGUAGACCGUGAGUGCUGUUUCGAAUCUGAAGAUGCAGAUAUGAAAAACCCGCUAACGAUUUUCGUUCGGGGAUUCGAUUGUUCUUUUCCUAGGGAUGAAAUAAAGAAAACAUUGAUUAAACACUUCAGUUCUUGUGGGGAGGUCUCUAGGGUUUUUAUUCCUUUCCAUUGUCAAACUGGCUCUCCCACGGGUUUUGCCUUCAUUAACAUGAGAAAAGGUCAUAAUAAGGCUUUAACACUCAAUGGAAGUUACUUGGGAGGAAUGAGACUUGAGGUUACAAUGGCUACAAAGAGAGAUGAAUACUAUGGCUAUACUAACUUUCGUGGUUGUGAACGUUGUGGUCCUGCUUCAAUGAAACGAUUUGCGGAACGCUUCUAUCAUCGUCCCAGACUUGAACUCCGGUCAGUGCCUAACAAGAUCUAG